CAGACGUCAACGUUCUUCGUGUCGAAGCAAAAAAAGAAGAGUGUUGGAAAAGAACCGCAAGCUGCUGAGUAAAAAUCCGAAAAAUUAUCCUUUAUCCGGAUUCUUACUUGGUGUUUAAUUGUGCCAGUUUAGUGUUCCACCCAGCAGCUACCGGAAGUUGAUCAAACCAACGACAUGGAGCCCUAUGACGUGAUAGUAAACCAGCCAGUCGUGAUCGACAAUGGGUCCGGUAUGAUCAAAGCUGGGUUCGCUGGUGAUCACAUUCCAAAGUGUCGGUUUCCAAACUACAUUGGCAGACCUAAACACGUACGCGUCAUGGCGGGGGCUCUCGAAGGAGACUUAUUUGUGGGACCAAAGGCCGAAGACUAUCGUGGGUUGUUAAGUAUCCGCUAUCCAAUGGAGCACGGAAUCGUUACCGAUUGGAACGAUAUGGAGAAGAUAUGGACGUACAUCUACAGCAAAGAUGAACUAUCCACAUUUGCCGAGGAGCAUCCGGUGCUGCUAACGGAGGCUCCACUCAAUCCAAGAAAAAAUCGCGAGAAGGCAGCAGAGAUCUUUUUUGAAACGUUGGGAGUGCCUGCAUUGUUUGUUUCGAUGCAAGCUGUACUCAGUUUGUACGCCACCGGAAGAGUGACCGGUGUCGUUCUGGAUGCCGGAGAUGGAGUUACCCAUGCCGUACCCAUUUACGAAGGCUUCGCAAUGCCGCAUAGUAUUAUGCGAGUGGACAUUGCUGGACGGGAUGUAACUCGGUAUCUAAGAACGCUCAUUCGGAAAGAAGGUUUCAACUUCCGCACAACGGCCGAGUUCGAGAUUUUACGGUCAAUCAAAGAGAAAGUCUGCUAUCUACCGACGGUGCCACAGAAGGAGGAAACCGUUGACGCGGAGAAGGUAAAGUACACUCUUCCGGAUGGGAAUGUUUUAGAGAUUGGUCCAGCGCGGUAUCGAGCACCAGAAGUAUUGUUCCGGCCUCACAUGUUGGGUGAAGAAUGCGAAGGUAUUCACGAAGUGCUGAUGUAUUCGAUUCAAAAGUCCGAUAUGGAUCUGCGUAAGAUGCUGUAUCAGAACAUUGUUCUGUCCGGCGGUUCGACUCUGUUCAAGGGAUUCGGAGAUCGAUUACUAUCCGAGAUUAGGAAGCAUGUAGCCAAGGAUAUGAAGAUAAGGAUUGCAGCACCUCAGGAACGAAUCUAUUCCACCUGGAUGGGUGGAUCAAUUCUUGCAUCACUGGACACGUUCAAGAAGAUGUGGGUUUCCAAACAAGAGUUCGACGAAGAUGGACAACGAGCGAUUCACCGAAAAACAUUCUAAGAAGGUGUAAUAUGUAAUUGUAGCUUUCAUACACGAACACAUACACGGUGCCCACACAUACAUACGCAUACAACAGCACACAAACAACGCUCAGGACGUGCUUCGAAGAUCUGAUUUAAUUCAGGAAGUAGGCUAGCACAUCGCAAGGUAAGUCUAUGCUUUUUCAAUAUUGUAGAGCGGAGGACCGUGGGGCACAUGGUUGAUCUAUGCUCUGUUCGAAAAGGGGAGACAUGCGGGGUAGAAGCAAACACGAGGUGUUCCGUCAAUGAAAGCAACUUUUUACUCUUCAAUUUCGAAAAUUCGAAUAGGUUUACGACUAUAAAAAAUCGCAAUGUGAGAUUUGUUAUGCUAAACAUAGACAGGGUUAGCAGCUUCACCGGAUGGCGUUUUGUUUUGUUGCUUUAAGAACCCGAAUCUAAUUGUAUUUUUAUCUAGAAUUAUAAUGCGAUUGGCACAUCGUCUGGACAGUA